AUGUCUACCCCCCAGGUUCCCCAGAACCCAGGCGAGGAGACAACGGAUCUCAGCAAACGAUAUGACAUCCCACUCGGCCUCGCUCACACCACCAUGCAGGCGCUCAAGGACCGCAUCAAGGUGCAUUACGACCUGGCGAGUGACUACUACUUGAAAUUAUGGGGUGAACAUAUUCAUCACGGAUACUGGCCAACCGCCGCCUCUAAAGCUACCGAGUCCAAGGAGACAGCUCAGCUCAACCUCAUCCAUUUGCUGUUGACAACGGCCGCGGUUACAAACGAGGCCGUUCAGGUCGAGGCCGCUAGUCAUGCCACCGCUGCUACCGCAGCCGACACCGGCACCGCCGUGCCAAUUGCCGUGGCCAACGAUACCCAUGUGGCCUCGACAGAAAGAACCCCCCAACACCCCCUACGCAUUCUAGACGUUGGCUGCGGAGUGGGCGGGACAACACGGUACCUCGCCAAGGUUCUCGGGGCACAGGUGACGGGCAUCACGAUUUCGGGGAAGCAGGUGCAGAUUGCCCAGAGGCUAAGCCGAGCUGCCGCGAUUACAAAGAGCGGUGGAAACGUUCUAUCAAACGAUGAGGGUGUAGUCCUGAAUCGGGCGGAUGGUGCGACCGAGACCGAUGCAGAAUUCAUCACCAUUGGUGAAAAAGGUGGGCAAGUGAAGUUUGUCGAGCUUGAUGCUGAGAAGAUGGGCGAGUACUUUACUGCUGAGGCUGGAGAUGCCCAAGGCUUUGAUGUUGUCUGGAUCAGUGAAGCUCUGUCUCACUUCCCCAACAAAGCACUCUUCUUUCAAAACGCCCAUCGGCUGCUCCGCCCAGGAGGUAAGCUAGUGCUGGCAGACUGGUUUAAGGCCGAGGAGCUUGGCGAGGGUGUCUUUGACGCGGAUAUCAAGCCCAUUGAAGACGGCAUGCUUCUUCCACCACUUUGUACCCAACAAGACUAUGUCAACCUAGCCACCACUGCGGGGCUACAGGUCCUCGGCGGGCCUAAAGAUAUUAGUCUGGACGUCAGCAAAACAUGGGAUAUCUCUUGGUCCCUCAUCCAAAACCCUUCGCUUUGGGCCUUCGCUUUUAGCCAGGGGCGCGACGGCAUUGCCUUUCUACAAGCCUUCCGCGCCAUGCGUCGGGGAUAUGCGAAUGGGAGCUUCCGAUAUGCGGUCAUGGCGUUCAGCAAGAAUGCGUAA